AUGCUUUCAAGAAGAUUGGCUAGAUCAAUUCCAACCUCUACCAGAGGUUAUGCCACAAAAAUCCAAGCUGCUGAUCAUGAAUCUGGUAAAAUUUCAUCUUUAACUGUUAAAGUUAAUGGUGGUUCUCGUUACCAAGAUAAAGAUGGUUUAGCUCAUUUAUUAUCAAGAUUUAAUUUCCAAAAUACAAGAAAUAGAUCAGCUUUGAGAUUAACUAGAGAAUCUGAAUUAUUAGGUGGUGAAUUUAAAUCAACAGUUACAAGAGAUGGUAUUUAUUUAAGUGCUAAUUUCUUGAAGGAAAGUUUACCAUAUUUUGUUAAUGCAAUUGGUGAUGUCUUGUAUAAAUCUUCAUUUAAAGAAUAUGAAUUCCCAGAAACUGUUUUACCAGCUGCUAAAUAUGAUUUAUCAUUAGCUUUAGCUAAUCCAACUUUCAAAGCUAAUGAAUUAUUACAUUCAAUUACUUAUAGAGGUGAUUUAGGUAAUCCAUUAUUAUAUGAUGGUGUUUCUAAAAUUUCUUUACAAGAUGUUAAAGAAUAUGCUAAUAAAGUUUAUACAAGAAAUAAUAUUGAAUUACAUGGUAAAGGUAUUAAUCAAAAAGAUUUAGAAGGUUUCUUUAGAGAUUCAACUUUAUCAAAAUUACCAGAAGGUUCAUCAUUAUUAUCAACAAAAGCUCCAAAAACUUUUGAAGGUGUUGAAUCAAGAUUAAGAUCUGUUGGUUCAUCAACUGUUGGUAUUGCUAUUCCAGUUAAAACUGCUGAUUUUGCAACUUAUGAAGUUUUAUCAAAUUAUUUAACUUCUCCAUUAAGUGAACUUUCUUCAAUUAUUUCAGAAGUUAAAUUUAAUAAAUAUAAUCAAUCAGGUUUAUUCACUUUAUUUAUUAAUGGUGAAGCUUCAUCAAUUUCAGAAAAAAUUAAAACUGUUGUUAAAACUUUAAAAAAAUCAACAGAUAUUUCAACUGCUAAUAAAUUAACUACUGCUGAAUUAGCUUUAGCUAAUGAUACUGCUUUAGAACCAUUAACUUUUGAUGUUUCUAAAGUUAAAGAUUUCAAAUUAGGUAAAUUCAACUAUGUUGCCGUUGGUGAUGUUAAUAAAUUACCAUAUGCUGAUGAAUUAUAA